UCCGUCGUCGUCGUGCCUCGGUUGUAGUUGUGCUGUUUCGUCUGGUUCCAUUCAUUCGCAAUAUGGCCGGCUCGGGAGUAGGAUGCUGUUGCCUUCGUUGUCGUAUUCGGUUGUCGCGUAACGCGUAGAGAGUGUGAGAGUAGAGUGUCCUAUUCUGGUUGGUGGAAUUAGAAACCGUCGCGGGUUCAUCGGAUGAGGAUACAAGGAGAAUAGUAGUAUCGUAACAACUGGCGGCGAAGGUUUUUUUUUCUCGAUAGUGAUUUGAGUACGAGGAGGCCGAGUGAAAAAGAUGGGGCAAGGGUGUUGAAUUUUGAAACGAAUCGGGACGGGAAUAUCGACUUGCGGAAAGUUUGAAAUUUGCAGAAUUGUGAAUUAAAAUUCUACUGCCGGAGUGUGAUAUUGAUCGACGGAGAUUGAGGCAAGUGCCGGAAUGGAGUGAAGCGAUAAAAUAUUGUAGUUUUGCCGAAUGGCAGUGGAGUGGUGUAUUCGUGUUUUCCUGCGUCGUUGGGCCAGCCGAUCGAAGUGAAGAGAAAGAGCAGUGGGCGAGGCAACGAAUAAAGAAGUUUGUUUUUGAGCAAAAUUCGAAUGUUUUCUUGGCUUUGGCCUAGAGGGAAGAAUCAAAAGUGAAAAUGAAAUUGAUGAAAAUGUCAGGAGAGCAACCCGCAGCAGGCCCUUGGUGGCCGGGAAGAAGGGUUGGCGGCGCUAGAAGCAGGCAGCGGAAUCUAAUCAUAUGUGGAAUGGUAUUUUCGCUAAUGUUUACAGCGUGUUACAGCAGUCAAGCGCUGGAAUUCACAGUCGAGCCCUCGGACAUGACGGUGCCGGAGGGAAACUCGGUCCUGCUGCAGUGUGCCGGUCGCGUGGAUCCCAAAGUGCUCCGGGAGGGAAAGGUGGCACCGAACAUUCGGUGGCGUGGCCCAGAUGGGCAGGACAUCGGCAUCGUGGGAGACACAUUCCGCUCGCAGCUGACCAACGGAUCGCUGUACAUCAGCACGGUGGAGAGCAACCGGGGGCUGACGGGGUUCUAUCACUGUUUGCUCUCGGUCGACGGGAUCGGGACGAUCGUGAGCCGAUCGGCCCGGGUGGCCAUUGCUGACCGCCCGGAAAUCAACCAGGACUCGCACGAGAUCUACCUGUACGCCGGUCAGACGGCUUACUUCAAGUGCAUGUCCACUAUGUUGCCAUUCAUCCUCGAAGCCGGACGCUACCACGUCGAGUGGCUCAAGGAUGAAUCACCCGUACGGAUGGAUCACACCCGGAUGCUGUUGCUGCCGUCGGGUGCGUUGGAAAUCGACGAAGUCGUCCCGGCCGAUCAGGGAACCUACCAGUGCAACGUCACCUCGGGGAUAUUCUCCAGCAUGAGUAGCAAAUCGAAUUUGAACAUCAAAUCUACCGCAGGUCAACCGCAAAGCUUUGAACCUCCUUCGUUCGUGAUCGUACCGCAACCGCAGACCGUGAAGGAAGGCGACACGGUGAUACUGGACUGCGUGGCCAAUGGCAAUCCGAAACCGACCAUCAAAUGGUUGAGAAACGGAGAGGAAAUCGAUAUGAAUGAUUUGGAUUCGAGGUUUAGGAUAAUUGGGACGGGAUCGCUGCAGAUCAGUUCGAUACAGGACGUCGAUGCGGGGGAUUAUCAGUGUAGGGCGAGCAAUUCGGAGGAUUCGUUGGAUGCUUCGGCGACGGUGCAAGUGCAGGUUCCUCCAAAGUUCAUUCUUAGUCCCGAGGAUAAGGUGGCUUACGAGAAAGAGGAGCUGGAGCUCCAGUGUUCCAUCCAUGGGAAGCCAACGCCGAUCAUUCAGUGGUUGAAAAACGGCGAUUUGAUCACUCCGAACGAAUACAUGCAGAUCGUUGGAGGCCACAACCUCAAAAUAUUCGGCCUGAUUGGCUCCGACGCUGGAAUGUUUCAAUGCAUCGGAACGAACCCAGCCGGCAGCGUACAGGCUGCGGCCCGACUCGAGAUUAUCGAACCAGGGCAAACGAGACGACACAAAAGCAAAAAGUUCCAUCACAAUCAGGGCAAAAUGAAAUCGUACGAAAAACCCAUCCAUUCGGAUCCGAAACUGUCCAAGGUGGUGCUGGAUAGUCUGCUGUCCAAAACCAAGGACAAGGCAAACGUGAAUCAGAACAAGUUUCAGUACGAUGAAUACACCGACGACGACUACCUAGAGCACGAGGAAGACCAUGACGACGAGGACGAGGACAGUGGGAAAAUCUAUGCCCUUAGACCCGACGAAGACCCAAACAAAUUGUACCAAUCGUUGACCGGAUCCCGAUCGUCGGAGAACGGGGGCGAAGUUGGGCACUUUUCUAAUUCGUACCUUCCCAAUGCCGUCACACGGAAAUAUCCGAAAUCGCACCUGCUAGAUGGAAGCGAAAAGUUCGCAGCGCCGCUGCCGGGACCGCCGAGAGAUCUGCAGGCACAGAUCGUGAAGCCGAGAUUCAUCACACUGAGCUGGCUGGAACCGGCCAAGAAUCCGGACGAGGUUAUAUCGUACUCGGUGUACUACAAGAUGCACACCAGCGAGAGAGAACGAAAAAUGACCACCAAAUCCCGAGACGAACAGGAAGUCAACAUCCAAUCUCUUCUCCCCGGGAAGACCUACCAGUUUCGAGUGAUUGGCAACAGCAACCACGGAUCCGGAGAGUCCUCACAAACCCUGGAAGUUCGCACCCACUCGGAAGAGAACAUCGCCGGGCCUCCACAGAACAUCCGAGGAGAAGCAGUGUCCGACAAGGAGAUCCACCUUCUCUGGGAUGCUCCCCUGAUGUCUACCGCAGAAAUAUCCAGAUAUCGCGUCUACUACGUCGAAAUCGACAAUGGUGAUGAGUUGUACUCGGACACUACGUCGACUGACAUCACCAUCACUGAACUGAGGCCUUACACCGAGUACACACUGUACGUGGUCCCGUGGAAUCAGAUGGGCAUGGGAGACCCAUCGCAUGAAAUCGUCAUCAAAACUCAUUCGUCCGUUCCAUCGGAAGCACCCUCGAAUGUCACGUUGGAAGCAUCCAGUUCCACAUCGAUAACCAUCCGGUGGCAACCGCCACCGGUGGAAGAUCGUAAUGGUCAGAUCACGGGGUACAAGAUCCGUUACCGCAAGAACAAGAAACCUCUACAGGUGGAAACCACUCCGGCCAAUGUGAGGCAUUGGGAGCUGAAGGGAUUGGACCGCUUGUCAGCGUAUCAGGUCAAGAUCGCUGCCAUGACCGUCAACGGGUCGGGACCAUUCAGUGAGUGGCAUCACAUUGAAACGUACGAGAACGACCUGGAUGAAUCGCAGGUUCCCGGACAACCGGGGUGGAUCAAAACACGUCCUGGCGCGGAAAGUAUUGCAGUUACAUGGGCUUCCCCAAACCAUCAGGAAAUUAAGGUCCGGAACUACAUCCUCGGUUGGGGCAAGGGCAUCCCGGAUGAAGACACAACCGACGUUGAAGAACACAUUCGAGUCUACGAGAUUCGUAAUCUGGAACCAAACACCGAAUAUGUGAUCUCGCUGAGAGCUCGCAACAACAUGGGAGACGGUCCUCCGAUUUACGAUACCGUUCGGACACGAGAAGACUCACCCAUUGAAGCUCCAACUCCGCUUGAAGUUCCAGUUGGAUUGCGGGCCAUACCUAUGUCCGGUACCUCGAUCGUAGUUUACUGGACGGACACAACGCUGAGCAAAAGUCAACACGUAACCGACAACCGAUACUACGUAGUGAAGUUCACGCCGACAGCUAGCACCAGGAUCAGGUUUCACAAUACAACCGAUCUGAACUGUAUGAUCGGUGAUCUCCGGCCCAGCACUCAGUACGAGUUCGCAGUCAAAGUCGUCAAAGGUCAUCGACAGUCCGCCUGGUCAAUGUCGGUCAUCAAUUCGACCCAUCAAGCCGCUCCAGUAUCUCCACCUAGGGACCUAACCGUGUCCUAUGACGAUAGGAAUCCCCUUACGGCCAUUCUCCAGUGGCAGCCUCCUCGUCAUAGCAAUAGCCCAAUCACUGGCUACGUAGUGCUCUAUACCACCGAUCCCAAUAAACGGGAUCGAGAGUGGAACGCCGAAGCGGUCGUUGGAGACAAAACCAGUGCGGAGAUCACCGGGCUGGAAUCUCACACUACGUACUACUUCAAGGUACAAACUCGUAACUCCAAAGGCUACGGACUGUUCUCGGCCAUGGUAUCGCAGAUAACUGGAGCCGAUGUCGAUUCAAGCGAGAACCUUGCCAUGCCCAAAUCGAUCUCGUCGGAAAUGAUCUACGUGAUCGUGGGCUUUUCGAUACUAACGGCGGUGAUUGCCGUUUCCGUAGUCAUCCUGCUCUGUCGAAAGAAACCGGAAGGAACGCCCGAACACGCGAAGAAGAGCUACCAGAAGAACAAUGCGGGCAUAAUUAAGCCUCCAGACCUUUGGAUCCACCACGAUCAGAUGGAGCUGAAGAAUUUGGACAAGAGCAAUCACAGUACGACCCCGGGAUCGGUGGACGGAGGAGCAUCCAGUAGCGGAGCGAUGACCCUGCCCCGAUCGGUGAACGGUCAUGAGUUUGACAGUGAAACACCGAUCACUCACGUGACCAACUCGCUGGAUAAGCGAGGCUACGUUCCUGGUUAUACAGGAACAACGACGCCUCUGAGCUCAACCAUGGAACGACCGCAGUACCCACGCACCCAAUACAACAUGGCAUCACGGCCGCAUAUAUCACUCGAUCAGCAGACACUCUCGCAGCAGAGUCUGCUGCAGCAGCCUCCCCAACUACCUCCGGCGAAUUCGUUGGUACAAACGCCGGAGAAUCCGUACACAUACGAAGGAAACUAUAGCAAUCCAAAUGUGACGUACGCUCCGGGGAUGACCGUGGAUGCCCCCAAACGGGGGCAGGGUCAUCCGCUGAAGAGCUUCAGUGUACCUGCACCACCCGCAUCGACUCCGAUCAUCAGCAGUCAGGGCAAACAUGCACAAACCCCUUCGGUCACGAUACGUCCGCAAAAUUCUUCGCCGUACAAGAAGCCGCCCGUCAUUCCGACGAAUUCGCUAACGAACCGGCUCCAGACCGGGCCGGCGGUGCAGCACUCCACGGACGAAAUCCAACGGUUGGCCCCUUCGACGUCGACCGAGGAACUGAACCAGGAGAUGGCCAACCUGGAGGGCCUGAUGAAGGAUCUAAGUGCAAUAACGGCCAACGAGUUUGAGUGCUAAUUGAGGGAGCGAAUGGGUGGUGCAUGAAGACUUCUUCGUCGCCAACGUGGUGAAAGUGAUGAACUAUUUAGUCAUUUAUUUUUCGUAAUUUAAUACCGGAAAUUCUGGAAAGCUCUCUUCUCGAUCCUAUGCAUGGCCAUAGAAAACCGGGGGAGGAAACAAUGGAAAACAGCCUUGUAGCGCGACAAGGAUAAAACCGAUGUAUUAGAUCAUAUGUAUACUAUUUAAGUGCUUUUCCCUAUCCUCUCUCCUGUCCACGAAACUAAUAACGAAUCGUAUGAAUAUGAACGUAGAGUUUAAAAUUAUUUAUUUAUUGUCUACUCAAGCGAGAAAACAAGCAAAACUGCAGCAAAAUCGUACUGUGAAAAUGAUUGAAGUUCUUUUUUUUUUAUUUUUAUGUAAAAAUAGGAGGAAAUCGAUUGUAAUACUUUUUGAAACGGUUUCGUUUCGUGACGCAUUUUGUCCAAAUGAGUACGGAUUCGAGUAAGAUAAAAGAAA